AGCGGAGACCUUCCGCAUUUAACUCGUCGAAUCAUCAGUCUCGACCACAGACUAUUUGCGGCUGCCUUUAUUUUUCUGUGCACGACCGUUAUCUUCUGGAGUGCAACUGUUGCUUCACGACCUAUCAUCGUCCCUUGAACAUCCUCAACCUGGUCACCGACAACUGAGCUCCUGUCAACCGACUCGUCCUUGUAGUAUUACUGGUUCUGACUAGCUGGUUCCUGACAGCCAGGGCGCUCGAUUGAUCCUCACUGAUUGGAAGCGCGACAAGCUCGUCGCGACUUCACGAUGGAAUAUCCUCCGCAAUAUCAACAGCCCCACGGGCAGCAUCCCCAUGCCCCGUCUCACAUCGCUGCCCCCUACCAGACAGCGCCCCCGAACGCAGGUCCUGCUGUAGGGUCAAUGACUUCUCCCACUAACCCACAGGCACACAUGCAACAAGCUCAUCCUACACACCAGGCCUCCCCAAUCGUUCCCUCACAGUCUCACUACCAGCAACCGCAAAAUGCUCCUGGAUCAGUACAUCAGCAGAUGAACUUUCCCCAAUCGUACGGCGUCGCAGCUGCGAUGCCGCAAACGUAUGGAAUUUCACCCACCCAGGCGGCUGCCAUGGCGACGGCUGCAGCAUCGGGCCCAUUCUAUCCAAUCCAUCAAGACUCGAUGCCGGGUCAGAUGGGACCUGGUCCUCGGGGAUCCCCACGCAUGGCUGGAGUUCAGGUGAAGGGUGAUCGGAACCCUCGUUCCCCCCCUCAAAUAUCUGGUCAAAUGGCCUCAAUGGGGCCUCAAGUCCAGAUGUCUCAGAGUGCACAGUUGCAGCAGCGUCGCAUGAGCCAUGUCGGCAGUCCUCACGUCCCGAGUGCUCAGCCUGUUCUCAACCACGUUGGCCGACCUUCCGUGCCUCCGGCCAUGGUGGCUCCGCCCCAAUCUCAAAUUCAGCAAAGCCAGGCUUCUCCUGAUAUGGUUACUGGUGGCGGGGAUGAAUCCCCGCUGUAUGUGAAUGCGAAGCAGUUUCACCGCAUCUUAAAGCGCCGGGUGGCCCGACAGAAGCUGGAGGAGCAAUUGCGACUGACCUCGAAGGGACGCAAGCCUUACUUGCACGAAUCGCGCCACAAUCAUGCCAUGCGGCGUCCUAGAGGCCCCGGCGGACGGUUCUUAACAGCCGAUGAGGUUGCUGCAAUGGAGAAGAAGCAAUCAGCUGGCGCCGUGGCUUCUGGACAGGAGAACAUCGACAGCAAUGCUACGAAAUCGUUGGGGACUACCUCCCCUACGGCGCAGAAGCGCAAAUCGGGCGACGUCAACGAUGAAAAUGCCAAUCCCAAGAAGGUUAAGACCGACGCCGCGAAAGCGAGCACUAGUGCCGAGGAGAGCGAGAACGAAUCUGCUGAGCUGUCUGACGAGGACGGUUGAACCGUUUGCCGUUCUAGGCCGCAAGCUCGCGCCCUCUUCUAAUCAUUAUCACGGAUUUACGGAUGGUUGUUUUUGACUAUUUUCGCUUUUUUCUUUAUAUCACAACCCUUCGCUUGAACCACCCAGCGAUGUGCACAUGUUUACGUUCAUACCAUUAUCUCUGUUGCAAUUUUCUUCUUCCAUUCUUCCUCACGCCACCUUUAUACUUAUGUUUGUUUAUAUCGUUAUGCUGGCACGAAGUAUUUU